UCGAGCAGUGAGCAGCAUCCAGUCCUUAUCAAUAGGCACCGGCAGGUUAGCUACCCUCCUUCAGGGACCAGGAGUCCCUAGCCUGCCUGUGGAUCUGAUCAGAUUGGACAAACCCAGCUAUGGUUUCUCUGGGCUUUGGGUUCGCCCAUGGUCCUGGACGCCGUGUAGGACGCUGAGGGGGGUCACCGAAAUAGACACCGAGCUCCCGAGUGGCCAGAACGCAAAGGCGGAAAAAUAAUCGGCGAAGCAUGUCAGGAACUAUGAGGUCCCGGCUGUCAUCGUGGGGACCACGGUCACUGCUUCUGCUACUGCUGCUCGCUAGAGCAGCUUACACUGUCGGAGCUCUGCCCCGGUUGUGUGACGUGCUGCGCAUCCUGCAAGAGGAACGGGCCCAGUGUGUGCAGGAGCUCUCCAAAGAGAAGGCAGGAGAGUUGGGCCUGGAGACAGUGUCAGCCAGUGCUUUCUCGCCAUCUGCUUCUGCACACACAGUUUAUCAAGGCUGCGAAGGGCUGUGGGACAACAUGAGCUGCUGGCCCUCCUCAGCACCAGCGCAGACUGUGGAAGUGCAAUGUCCGAAGUUCCUCCAGAUGCUCACGGGCAGAAAUGGGUCCCUCUUCAGGAACUGCACCCAGGACGGCUGGUCAGAAACUUUCCCCAGGCCUGACCUGGCCUGCGGCGUCAACAUGAAUGACUCCUCUAACGAGAAGCGGCAUGCGUACCUGCUGAAGCUCAAGGUCAUGUACACUGUAGGCUACAGCUCCUCCUUGGCCAUGCUCCUGGUCGCCCUCAGCAUCCUGUGCUCUUUCCGGAGGCUGCACUGCACCCGCAACUACAUCCACAUGCACCUGUUCGUGUCCUUCAUCCUAAGAGCCCUGUCCAACUUCAUCAAGGAUGCGGUACUCUUCCCCUCAGAUGACGUCACCUACUGUGAUGCCCGUAGGGUGGGUUGUAAGCUGGUCAUGAUCUUCUUCCAGUACUGCAUCAUGGCCAACUAUGCGUGGCUGCUGGUGGAAGGCCUCUACCUUCACACGCUCCUCGCCAUCUCCUUCUUCUCAGAGAGGAAGUGUCUGCAGGCCUUUGUGCUCCUCGGAUGGGGUUCUCCAGCCAUUUUUGUUGCUUCAUGGGCUAUCACCCGGCACUUUCUGGAAGACAUCGGAUGCUGGGACAUCAACUCCAACCCUUCCAUCUGGUGGCUCAUUCGAGGGCCUGUGAUUCUGUCCAUCCUGGUGAGUGGCCAUCCUCUCCUGAGCUGGGGACAAGCAGGGGAACACUGGACUCGUGAGAAACAGAGGAUCAAUUUCAUCUUUUUCAUAAACAUUCUAAGAAUCCUGAUGAGAAAACUUAGAACCCAAGAAACAAGAGGAAAUGAAAUGAACCAGUAUAAGCGCCUAGCCAAGUCCACCCUCCUGCUGAUCCCCCUCUUCGGCAUCCACUACAUCAUCUUCGCCUUCUCUCCAGAGGAUGCCAUGGAAGUCCAGCUCUUCUUUGAAUUGGCCCUGGGUUCCUUCCAGGGGCUGGUGGUCGCCAUCCUCUACUGCUUCCUCAAUGGAGAGGUGCAGCUAGAAGUUCAGAAAAAAUGGCGCCAGUGGCACCUCCAAGAGUUCCCGCUACGCCCUGUGGCCCUCAGCAACUCCUUCAGCAAUGCCACCAGCGGUACCACCCACGGCACUAAGGCCAGCACCUCGGAGCAGAGCCGGAGCACCCCCAGGGCCAGCAUCAUCUGAGGCUGCAGCAGGACGGGCAGUGGACACAGAGCUGGACACUCAAUAGGACGGUUCUCUUCCAACUGCUCUUCUGUGUUUGAGUGGCUGAGAGGCCUUCCUCCAGGUCUGAGCUUCCUUAGCACUGAGACUGGGUCACCAUGGAGCAAGAAACAGGUCUGUGAUUUGGUCUUUCUUAUUCUUCUGAGAGAGUGAUUCAGUGGCUCCGGAGGAGGCAAGGGAAUAAAUGACAUCCAGAACCCCCUAGUCCCUGUGUGUCGAUCUUUUGCCACCCGGGGAAGGCUUAUGUUCUACACCGCUUUCCAGCUUCUCCCUGAAGGAGCAGGGAGCUUCCCUGCCUCCAGGUUCCAGCUCACUUUUAAGGACAAGCCUAAAAGCUCGGGAAAUAUGAGGAAUCAAGCCCCUGGGCCUUAGGCUGAUCUCGUCUGCCCUAGAGUUCUCAUAGAGCAUUCAGGACAGAAGCUAAAUUCAGCUUGUGAAGCCCCUUUUCCAUUAUCUCUGAUGUAUGAGGACUUGGUGGAAAACAGGUACAUCAGGAAGUAAGCCAUCCUCUCUAUGAACGGCAGACAACUCCCUGAAGGCCCACAACUUGCCCAAGAUACUUGGCCACGAUAUGAAAGUCUUGUUGCUCUUUUGAGACAGUGUCUUCUAUAGCCCAGGCUGGUCUACUAAUCCCUAGCUGAAGAUGGCCUUGAACUUGAUCCUCCUGCCUUCAUUUCCAAGUGCUAGAAUUGCAGGCGUGCACCACCAAGCCUGCUUUAUGUGGUCCUGGGAAUCAGACUCAUAGCUUCUUGCACAGCAGGCAAGCACUUUACCAGCUAUGCUACAUCUCCAUGGACUGCUAAUGCAUAGUCUUUUAACGAUCUGAGCUUCAAGGCGGGUGGUGAUUUCCCAGCUCUCAAACAGGCAGAGGCCCAUCUCCCUGCACUGUAAGCUUCCAUAACUCUGGCCGUCCAUGCCGGCACAUUGGCAAUCCCUGGCUCCCUAAGUGGAUGAAAGAGGAUGAAGUGUUUGAAUCUCCUUCCAAACACAACCUAGCAGGGAAACCUAAACAGAAAUGGAGAGCUGGCCUCCGAUUUGCAUCUUCCAGCCUGCUGCAGGACCACUUCCCAGGCUGAGACCCAGGAUGAGUGAGUGGUCAGUGAGUUCUGGUUUUGGUAAAACCAGACAGUCCCCAUGAACUCCUCAGGUAGAGAUGGCAGUGUGGCUCAGUCAGAGAGCACCUGCCCAAGUGCACCAGGCCUUGGAUGUGAGUGAGCCUCAGCACUGCAAAACAAAACAACCAGUUCUGGGGUCUCCAAGGUCCCUGGAUGGCGGUGGUUCCGAUGCAGCAUUUGUAGUCUCAGGAAUCUCAACUGGAAUAAAGAUGCCUAAAAGUCAUGGCUAGAGAAGUGGCUCAGCCCAUGAAAGCUCAUGGUGAGCGAGCAUGGCAGCUUCAGCUGGAUCCUGGGAACCUAUGUCAAGGCGGAAUGAAAGGACCAGCUCCACAAACUGUUCUCCAACACCCACAUGUGCCCAUGAUGUGUACAUUCCCAUACAUGCAUGUGCAAUAGUAAGUAAGAUGAAGAUAUGUAAGCUCACUAUAGGAGGGGCUGGAGGGAUGACUUAGAGGUAAAGUGGAUGACGAUCUGGGUUCAGUUCCUGGAUCCUGUGUAAAAGCCUGGUGCGGUUGUGCAGGCCUCCAAUCCCGGUGCUGGGCAGCCAGAGGCAGGAAGUCCCUGGGGCUUACUGGCCUUCCAGGAAAGCACACUUGGUGAGGUCUAGGCCAGGGAAGGACACUGUCUCAAAAGCAAGGUAUGUGGUCUCCUGGAGAACGACACAUAAUGUUGAUCUUGCAUGCCCGUGUCCCCUCACACAUAUAUGUGUACACACAUGAACAUGUACUCAUACAUAUACAAAAUCACAAUAGAACUACUUGGGGAGGUUGGGGCAGAAGGAUCACUUAAGCUCACAAAGAAGAGACCAGCUUGGGCAACAUUUUGUCUCAAAAUAAAAUGGGCCCUCAGUGGUGAAGAAGUAUUUGAUGGGUGAAUAGGAGGCCCUUGGUGUGGUGCCAGCAGCAUCACAGGUGUGUUCACCUAGCCCUGGAAGGGACCCUUAUGACAAGAUCAGGGCAAAGUCCAAAAGCCCACUCGGAGCUGGAGGGGAAAAGAACCUUACAGGAUAGGAAAAAAAAAAAAAAACACAUUUCACCUGUUUCUGGGUGGCAAAAACUGGAAAUGGGGCAACAGGAUGAGCAAACAGAUAUGGGGGCUGCAGAGAUGGCUCAGCUGGUGGAUCAACUGCCUUGCAAGAGCCUGAGUUCAAUCCUUAGAACCAAUGUAGGAAGAAAAAAAAAAAGCUGGGCAUGGUGGCAUGUGCUUGUAAUCCCAGCUUUGGUGAGAUGAGAGCCAGAGGUCUCUGGAGCUCACUGACCAGCCAACCCAGCCUACCUGGCAAAUUCCAGACCAGAAAGAGACCAUCUUGAACAAAAUGGGGCCAAGAUGAUGUUUCCGUGGGUAAAAAUGCUUGCUAUGCAAAUCUGACCACCCGUGUUGGGAUUCCCAGCACCCACACAAAGCUGAAUGCAGUAGCGACCACAUCUGUAAUCCCAGCACUUGCAGGCUGAAAAAAGAGAGGCAGGAAAUCCCUGGAAGCUCCCAGGCUGAGACCAGCAAAGAGACCCGGUCGCAAACCAAAGGGCAGGUGAAGAUCAUAAGGGAGAACUGACCUCUGAACUCCACCUGUGUGCCAUGGUGUGCGCAUGCCUACGCCCACACACAAAGAUUAAAAAAAUAAGUGGAUGGCAUCUAGAAACAACACAGGCAAGGUUGUCCUCGGGCCUCCGUACACUGGUGCUCACACAUGCACCUGAACACACAAGCACACAUGUGCACACACAUACACACACAGGGAGAAUGAGAGAGAGAGAGAGAGAGAGCAGUUCUUCCAGGAGUAUGGAAAUCUCCACAGGCUCGUGACCCCGUUCACCUCCACCUGUCCUCUGCAAGCUGUUAAUUAUUACUCAGCAUCUGUUUCUCCCCUCACCCGCUGUGGCGUUCAGCAGUGCACGCGUGUGCUCUUUGAAAUGUGUCCCAGGAUCAGAAACGGGUGCUGAGGUCACCUGACCCUUACAAAUGAGAGUCUCACAAACAGUCCUGCCCGAGUCGAAACUGGCCUCGCGGAAGGCUGCAUUAGAAAACUGGUGCAGGGACUUUGCUCAAGGAAGAUUUCAAACUAUGCCCAGAGAGAGGACAGCUAGCCCCCAGAAACUGGGGUGCACCAGAACCUGUGGGUCCACACAAAGGAUGGGGGGCUUUAAGUCAGCAGAUUGAAAAUCUACUAGUCAAAGGGCUUUCUGGGGGGAUCCUGCUAAGCCAGGGAAAUGUGUGCAAAGCUCCCUUGAGCCGAUGGGAGAUGGUCCUAGCCACUGACUGGUCCCUUAGGUGGAGGACUCGGCCAUUCUUAGAAACCUCAAGUCCUGGCUGGGGAUGGCUCAGCGAUUAAAGCCCAUGACAUGCAAGCAGGAAGACCAGAGUUUGGGUCCCCAGAAUCAAUAUACAUGUUGGCUGGUGUGGUGUCACCUGGAAUUCCAGCCUGGGAGGCAGACGGGGCAUCUCCAGAUCAAGCUGGUUGGUGAGACUGGUCUUACAGGUGAGCUCUGGGAUUGACUGAGACCCUGCUUCAGGAAUAAGGCAGAAAAGCAAUUAAGGAUGAGACCAGAUAUCAACUUCAGAUCUCCAUAUGCACACACUUGCAUUACAUGUACCUCCACACAUACAUGAACCCGUGCACAUGUUAAAACAUGUACACACAUAGACAUACACAGAGACAAGAAAAAAAGUGUCCCA